CCUGUGAUUUUCUAAUGAUCCCAAAAACAUUGAUUAGUAUGCUCAGGUGACUUUGAUCAGGGUUGGAGCCGAACUCUGCACCGCAUUGGCCAUCCAGGGCAAGAUUUGAAUAACCCUGGCCUAGAUCUUCUACAGAUUGAAGAAGAAAAGUGAGCUAACCAUGACUGAUUUUGAUGAGACAAUGCAUUUUUAUGGUAUUUUUUAUGUCUUGGUGUUAUUUGAGCUACAGCAUUCCUGUAGAGUCUGGUACUUCAAUGCCAAGGUCAUGGGUUCAGUUCCUGGGGAAAGUAUGAUCUGAUAAAAUGGAUAUGUUGAAGGCAUUUACUUUGGAUAAAAGCAUCUGCCAAAUGCAUAAAAGUAAAUGUAUGAUUGGAUUUAAAGAGUUGUUCUCAUGUCACCCUUCUAACCCACCUAAUCCCCUGAUCCUAUGUGUCGGAAAGCCUGUUAAUCAGAACUGGGUGGCUUUCUCUUUGACACCGCGUCACUUUCCUCUUGAAUAAGCUGUGUAUAUGAUCCAUCAGCACCUCUGUGCACUCACAUUUUCUCUCACAACACUUUUUCACAACUUACUUACCUGUGCUCUCCUUUUAAAGACUACAAUUCAGUCCAGAAAGACUUGCCAGCCAAUAUAAACAGUUCUAUACUGUGGUCAAACUCCCAACGUUGGAACAUUUUUUAUUUUUCAAUUUUUUAACCGAUGGGCCAGAUUGUUUAUACCCGCUGUAGAAUUGGUCACUCCGGGAUGACAAUACUAGAGGAAGAUCCUCCAACAUGUUCUCUCUGCCCAAUCAAUUAAUCAAUUUAGCAUGUUUUAUUAGAUUGUGCUGGUUUUAACUCAUUGAGAUUUUUUUAUUUAUUCACCUAACUCUCAAAGAGAUUUUUAACAGAGUUAAGCCAAAUACAGUUUUGGAGUUUUUAGCAAAAAUAAAUAAUAUAAACAUGAUAUUAUUCAGCCAUAAUAUUACUUACCAUGAAAAUAUCCUUAGAAGCUGGAAUGGAGUUAAACACAAACAAACAUUAUACUGUGGUCUUUCAAAUGCCAAAACAGAAUAUUAAACAACGAACUCAAAGCGUCACCUAAUCGCUUUCCUAAUUGUCUCUUUGUUCUGACUCUUUCCAGAGAGUAAACUAAUUCGGGCAGUCUGGACUGGUCACCUAGUCUCCAGUCAGAACUUUUUGGAUAACUCUCUUCUGAGUCCUGAAUUUUCUAUUGAACCGAUAUUUUUCAUUCCUUUGAUUUUUAAGCCCUUAUUUAAAAUGUUAAUUGAGGUUUAAUAUAGUAUAAAUUGAAAGAUGUAAAAGAAUGUUUCCCUCUGUGAGUUAACUUGUUAAACACGCACAACAAAUCCCCUUUGGUUGUUCUGUGUUGCUGGAAUUCACAGAGUUGCUGGUACUGCUAACUUUGACCAGAUGAAGAAGCUAGUGCAGAGGAAGGAGAGAUGGCAGAAACUGUAGAGGCCGCAGUAGAGGAGGAUGUUCCUGCCGAGGCACCUGAGUUCUUGCUGGAAACAGCCGAAGCCACCAGAGGGAAGGCGGGAACUCUUGAGGCCGUCGUGGAAAAGGUUGCCGAGACAGUUGCAGAGACUGAAGAGGUGGUCGCUGAGGUGGCAGGGGUUGUUCAUGAAACCGCAGAGGAGGUGGCAGCGGUGGCAGAAGAAGUGCAGAAGGUAGCAGAGGAAGUAGAAGAAGCAGCAGAGGCUGUCAUCACUCCUGUUAUCCAAGCUGAAGAGCCGGCGUCAGAGAGCAACGGGUCGGUUACUACAGCAGCAGCAGAAACAAUAGAGUUGGCUGCUGCCUCCGUGUUUGAGACUGUUCUUGUGGAGUCUGGAUCCGUGGAGGAUGUGUCAAUUAAAGCACUACCAGAGAUGCCCACUGAGGUUCCUACAGCAGAUCAUUUGGAAAAUGUACCAGUAACAGAGGUGGCACCUGUUGCUCCAGUGAUGGAGGAGGAACCAGCUUCUCUAGUAGCGGAGGCCCCAGAUGCCACUAUAAUAGUAGAGCCUCCUGUAGCAGAGCAAUUGUCCAUUCCUCCAGUUUCCCCAGCAGCAGAAGUAUUUGUUGCUUCAGUGAUUGAAGCAGCACCAGUUUCCCCAGUUGUAGAAGAACCAGCUUUUGCAGCAGUGGAAGAAGUGACUCCAGUUGUAAAGGAGACACCAGCUGAUUCUCCAGUACCCUCAGAAGAAGCAUCAGAUGUCCCUGUGAUAGAAGAGGAAGUCUUAUUUGCCCCAGUGAAAGAAGAGACACCUAUUACCCCAGAAGCAGAAGAGGUAUCAGUUACCCCAGUGACAGCAGAGACAUCUAUUGCCCCAGAAGCAGAGGAGGAAUCAGUUACCCCAUUGAUAGAAGAGAUGCCUGUUGCCCCUGUGCCAGAAGAGGCAGCUGUGUCCUUUGUAACUGAAGAAGCUCCUGCUGUUGUUGCUGAAGAUGCACCUGUUGUAGCAACUGAAGAACUUGAUGAAACACUUGCACCCAAAGUAGCAGAAGAGGAUAUUCCAGUGGUUGAGGAAGUGAAGGCAGAAGAGGUGAUUGCAGGAAGUGCAGUUGUGGAGGCCCCAGUAAGUAUAGUCCAGGAACAAGCAGCAAGUCCAGUUGUGGAAGUUACAGAAAGUGUUGUUGAACCAGAUGUUCCAAGCACCGUGGUCACUGAGGAAGUUGCUCCAGCUGAAACAUCAAGUGCACCUUCGGAAGAGCCCAAACGAGACUACAUAGUGGUUAUCUUGGAGGGAGCUCCCAAAACAGAAAAGAAGCCAAUGGUGCUUGGUGUGUCACCCGUGACUGGCAAGAUCAUCCCAGCCCCUGAUGAUGGUGAAGAUCCAUUGGGACAGGGCAAGCGCCGUUUGCUUAAAGUGCAGAUGUAUUAACACCAACUAAAAAAGUUGGGAGCAGUCCGAUGUCCUGAUAAACAAUUAGUGAUGUGCCUUCCCCAUUCCCUUGACACCCUGGAUUCCAGUAAUCCUUACACUGAGCCCAGAAUGCUGUUUCCUUCUG